CCCAGACGGUAGAUGAGGUGUUGCUUCUCCAAUCUCAGUUUGGCCUCAUUAUGGCAGUAGAGGAGGCCAUGUGUGGACAUACCUAGAUGGGAAUUAGAGGCAGAGUGGGUGGCUACCGGGAGGUCCUGUCUAUUGUGACAGACAGCGUAGGUGCUCGACGAAGCGGUCCCCCAAUUUGUGUCGGGUCACGCCGGGAGCAUCGGAUGCAAUAGACGACUCCAGCAGACUCGCAGGUAUUUUUGUGUUUUAAAUCAUUGUUUCGACAGAGAUCUGUGAUCAAUAGGGUGGCACGGGGAUACGAGUCAAGUCUGCUGCUGCAGUUUAUUUAUUGAAGAUUCGGCUGACAAUAUCAAUGCCCGGCUCAGCAAAUUUACCGAUGUCUCAAAAGUUGGUGAUAUUGUGGAAGGUGAAAUAAAAUGUAACUAGCGAUACAACACGACAGUGAUCAAUGAAGUCAGUGAUUUGAGGAAUGACAGAUAAAUGUGAGAUGUUCCAUUGUCAUUGACGAACCAGGGCAGAACUGCCGUGGGGAAUGGACUGUCCCUGGGAGUGCUGUAAAACAGAGAGAUAUCGGGGUGUAGAUAUCGAAUUCCUUCAAAGUGUAAACACAGGUCGGCAGGACGGUGAAGAAGUUGUUUGCCACACAUACAUUCGUCGGUUAGAGUAUUGGGCACUGGACUGUGAUGUCACAUUACAUCUCUACCAGCCUUGGGGCAACUACUCUUGGAGCAUGGCGUACAGUUAUAGUUGCCCUGUGAUCAGAGGGUUAUAUUAAACUGGAGAGGGUGCAAAAGGGAUUUUACAGGAGGCUGGAACUUCCUCACCAGAGUGUAUGUGACAUUAGAGAGGCUGAUAAAAUAAUGGCAGACAUUGAUAUGGUCAGUAGUGAAUCUGAUAUCUCCAGGGUCAUGGCGUUGGAAGUUAGAGAUUACAGGUAUAAAGUGAGAGAGGGAAGAUUUAAAUGUGACUAUUGAGGAGCAGGUUUUGUACACAGAAUGUGCUGUUUACAUGGAACAAACUACCUGUGAUGGUAUAGAUGGGCACCACUGCAAUAUCUGUUGCACUGUGGAGAGGGAAGUUUCACAGGGUCAUGGGAAAAUGCAGGUAACUGACAGUGAUUUUGUUUGGUUACUUGGUUAGCAUGGAUGUGUUGGGCUGAAUGGCUUGAUUCUGUGCUGCAUAACUGAGUGACUAUGUCUGCUACUGUGGCAGAGCGGGAGGGACAGUGUCAAUAGUGAGAAGGUUUGGAGGAUAGCCAGGAGAGUGAACGGUUGAGGAUGGGGCGGAUGGAACAGAAAGUGGGGAAAUGUGAGAUCACCCAUUCCCAGGAACAAACUAAGAGGCAUUUCCACACGGGGAUGUGCAGAGGGACCUGGGCAUCGUUGUAAACAAAUCACUUGAGUUAACAUGCAGAUACAACAAUUGAUGAGAGAGGCAAACAGUAUUUUGUCCUGUGAUCCAGAAGGAGUGGAGAAGAGGGGUACAGAUGUCUCACUGAGAUUCUAUAGGGCCCUGAUGAGAGCACACCUUGAAUGUAGUGUCCGGGUUUGGUCACACUUCCUCAGGAAGAAUAUCCCUGCAAUAGAAGGAGUUCAGUGACUGUUCCCCACACUGACUGGGCUGGUUCCAGGGAUGGUUACGUGAGAGGAGAGUGAGUGAGAGUGAGAGGAGAGUGAGUGGGCUGGGUCUGUAUUCCUGCAGUUAAUGAGAAAACGAGGAAAUCUGUUAGAUGCUUUCAGGAUGUGACAGACAGUAGGCAAGGAGGAUCUUUCCCCUGAAUGAGAGCUGCACAACUGAGGAAAAUACCCUCAGAAUGAGGUGUAAAAAACACGAGAUAAUCUGUUGAUGCUGGAAAUCCAAAGGAACACAAAAUGCUGGAGGAACUCGUCAGUAGAGGCAGCCUGUAUGAAAAAGAGUAAACAGUUAACACUUCAGGCUGAGACCCUUCCAUCAGAUCUCAGGGUGAAUGUUCUCAGCCUGAAGCAUUCAGGAAAUGAGAUGAUAUCUCUUUAAUCAGAGAACCAAGAACUUCUGUAUUCCCAGUAUAAGUAAUCUGGAGCCUCAGGUGCUGGGUUGUGUCUAAGCUGAGAUCACCAGUCUCUGGGAGAGUUUUUGUCACUAAGUCCAUAAGACCAUAAGAUAUAGGGGCAGAAUUCAGCCAUUUGGCCCAUCGAGCUUGCUCUGCCAUUUCAUCAUCACUGAUCAAUUUUUCCUCUUACCUCUUAUCUUCCCUUGUAUCCCUUCAUGCCCUUAUCAAUAAAGAAUCUAUGAAUAUCUGCCUAUACCCAGUGAAUUGGGUAUCCUCAGUGUAUACCCAGCGUACACCCAGUGAACCUGCCUGUGGCAAAAAAAUUCCACCCAUUCACCACUCUCUGGCUAAAGAAAUUCCUCCUCAUCUCCAUUCUAAAAGGAUGCCCCUCUAUUUUGAAGCUGUGCGGUUUGGUUUUACACACUCCCACCACAGGAAAAAUCCUCUCCACAUCCACUCAAUCAAGCCCUUUCACUAUCUGAUAGGUUUCAAUUCAGUAACCCUUCUUUCUUUGAAGUUCCAGUGAAGAGAGUCCCAGAGCCAUGAAACGCUCUUCAUAUGACAAGCCAUUUAACCCUGGUAAAAUUCUCCAUUUGUGACAUCAUGUCAGCAGAAAAAGUUCUGGAUUUCAGAGAUUUUUGUAUUUUGGAAUUAUGGACAAAUCUGCACAACCUUAAUCACUAGUUUGUACUGCAGUAAACACUGUUAAUUUAACCCAUGCAAUCCCAGGCACACAGAUGCAAAAUAAAGACAGAUGUAAAUUUAAAGUAGGGAAGAUGAACCUUACUUGGAGGUAAAGCCCGAUUACAAGGCCUCAGAACAUUCUACUCUCCAAAUGGUCAAAAUACAACCAAGUAACAAGGUCUAAAAUACCCACAACUUGCAGAAUUACAUGCCUCUCAUUAUCUUGGCCCAUGGGAUAAACGCAAGACGGGCCUGAUCAACCAUGGCUCGGUCACCUGGGCGCGGGAUUCUCAUGAUUAAAGACCCAAAUCUCCCAAAGUUGCAGUACUGAAGAUGUGUCCCUUUGCACACCCGGUUCUUUAAGCCAAGUGGGGUCAGACCACGUUAAUAAAAGGGAUCAGCCAGAUUAAAGUGGCUCCACUACACUACCCUAUCCACCAUAGCCCAACAUAUCUCACCAUACUAAACUCCACAGCCUUAUCUCUCCCAGUCCCACAUAUACAUCCACCAGCCCUACCCUCAAACCAAAUCCUAAGAAGGAGCACCCACCCCUUCUAACCCUGGCCACACAGCCAUAAACACAAUGACUAGUUUAAGGAGGAGGAAGAUCCAAUAAAGACAAGGAUUGGGCCUGGUGAAUGAAGGCAUGGGCCAGAUCAAAGUGGCAGCGUUGCGUGACUCUGAAUCGAGAGUGACCAGCUGAAGAAGCACGAGGGUGGAACACAGCAGGCCAGGCAGCAUCUAUAAGGGGAAGCACUGUCGAUGUUUCGGACUGGGGUCCUGAUGAAGGGUCUCGGCCCGAAACGUCGACAGUGCUUCUGUCCGUGCUCUGGACAGCUUCUGCUUAUUACUGUUCCACCAGCAUUUUGUGUGUGGUGAUUGACAAGAAACACUGGAAUUAAAUAUGAAUUAUAUCAAAAUAUUCAAAUAGAUCCAGCAUCUGCAGAUUUCCUCGUGUUUCUUGUCAAUGUUGUUUCUGAUGGAUUGUGUCUGUGAUGCUGCUACAAAUACGUUGUUCCUUUCACCUGUGCACAAAUAAACUCGAUUUGUGUCCAAAUCUCUCCUUCGUUCUCCUGCUGUCCUGUGUCAUGAAUUAAACGUCUUAGUGGUUAAUUUUACAAUAUUUCAUCUUAUUUUAUUUUCAUUCUGCUUUUGAAAUUAGCGUUUCCCUUUUCAAUUUCAGUCCGCACCCCCGCCUGACUCUGCCCUUCUGUACUUCCUCCCGCAUUAAACGACAGCGGCAACCGCUACACAUUGGCGCCGAUUCCCAUCCCCCAGUGUUCCGAUUGGUGAUUCGUUUCUCCAGACAGCCAAUGGAAAUGCUCAGCAUUCCCAUCCUCAUUAACAUACCACUUCGGGCGCUCCCUAUUUAAUCCGCGCUCCGGACAGUUUUUCUUAUUAUUGUGUUUGAAACCGACGGGGAAAUGCCUGAUGCACCGAAACCCGCUCCGAAGAAGGGCUCCAAGAAAGCUCUGUCCAAACCGGCGAGCAAGUCUGGCAAGAAGCGCAAGAGGUCGAGGAAGGAGAGUUACGCCAUCUACAUCUACAAAGUGAUGAAGCAGGUUCACCCCGACACCGGCAUCUCCUCCAAGGCCAUGAGCGUCAUGAAUUCAUUCGUGAACGAUAUUUUCGAGCGCAUCGCGGGUGAGGCUUCCCGCCUGGCCCAUUACAACAAGCGGUCCACCAUCAGCUCCCGGGAGAUCCAGACCGCCGUUCGCCUGCUGCUGCCCGGGGAGCUGGCCAAGCACGCCGUGUCCGAAGGAACAAAGGCGGUGACCAAGUACACCAGCUCCAAGUGAAGAGAAGUUUACUGACAAAACAAACGGGAAAAUCAAAGGCUCUUUUAAGAGCCACUCACGGUUUCAUUAAAAGAGUUACAGACUAUUGAGACAAGGAUUUGACGAUCUUAAAAUUUUUUGAUGCGCUCAUUCAGAAUCUUAUCUCCGUUACUCAGAACUUGCUGUCCACUAUUCAGUAGAAUCCCGAUUUCUUUUGCAUUCCUGCGUACUGCACAGGUACGGAAUCGUUACGUACCCCUUCCCCGUCAUUUCCUCUGAAGGUUUCUCUGAAGAAGGCACUAAUUGUUGUUUCAAUUUUAAUUACCGUGGAGAAUGCAGUUCAUUAAGUUUUGUCCCAUUUUGGUUACUCUCUUAACUCCAUUCCAACGCGAGAGCUGAACACUCACGGUUCGUACAGAGCAUUUGUUAAAGCUCCACUUUCUGAAGAGCUACGCGUUGGUAAACCGACUUGAGUUUACACAAUGUCCAUCCGCGAACUAAAGCUGAAAAUCUGUUUUAUUCCAAUCAUUUAUCCAUUGAAAGAAAUCGGAGAACUAAAUCUGCAGACGCCGUCGCAAUAUUAACUACACUUGGUUCAAAUGUGUCGUUCUUCAGUAACGGGGGUAAAGGGUCGAGAAACAAACCUGUUUAUAGUUUAAUUUCAGCAACAAAGGCAUUUUUGGCGGUCUUUUGCAAAUUUCAGUUUAUUUCGGCGGUUAGGAUAUUUUCCGCGCUUAUACCGUUGCUGUGUCUUGAUUGGUGAAUAAAGCAGCUCUCUGAUUGGAGUAUUUUGUUUCACCAAUCAUAAACGCCCUGCUAUAUUCCUCCAUAAGAGGGGUGAUUGCGCGUAUUUCCAGAAGCCAAAAUUUUUACUGGUUAAGACUUCAAGUUUAUUUCUGAUUUAUCAAAUCUAUCUGUCGUUGUAUGUAUUCAUGAAACCUGGUUGUUACCACAUUUGUUCUUCCUUCCAGGAUUAUAUUGUAAUUAGGCGUGAUAGAUUAGUUGAUAGAGGAGGUGCUGUUGUAAAUUUUAUACAGAAAGGGAGAAGGCAUACAGUUGUGGAUGUAAAUGAAAUGUAUGAGACACUUGGAGAAGUAUUUGAUUCAACAGGUAGCGUCAUUAAAGAGGUGUAAUAUAACCAUUGUGGAAAGCUUUCGACUGAUUUGUUGGAGAGUUUACGUUGCUCUGGCUCACUAAGGGUUGUAUGCUGUGGGGAUUUUAAUGCAUAGAGUUCACUGUGGGGUUGUUCUCAGAAUGAUGGUCCUGGUUUGAUUGUAGAAGAGUAUGAGAUAUUUCACAUCUUGUGUGUCUUACUGGUGGGAGAGUUAUGAGAUUUAAUAUUCAUAAUAGUUCUGAAAUUUCUGUAAAUUUAACUUCAGUUUCAAACCUUCAGGCUGCAGUGAGUGAGUGGGAUGUCAUGGGAGAUGAAAAUGUAUGGUAUUAGAGUGGUUGAAUUAUAUUUUGGAAAAGGGAGGUGACGUGCUGUUGUUAAUAUACUGGAUUAAUUUGAGGGGGCAAGUGCUGGUUCAAUGCCACAUGUCCCAAAAGCAGUCAAUGUUUUUAUGCAGAAAACUCAGCAUCUACUUCAACACAGCAAGCUUCCACAAACAAUUUUUCUCAAUGGAAAUGUCAAUCCAUGGCCUCCUACUCAGGUAAGAGGAACAACGCCUUGUAUUCUGUCUGGGCAGCCUCCAAUCUGAUGGCAUGAACAUCGAUUUCUUGAUCUUCCGGUCAUGCCUUCUCUCUCUCAUCAUUGACCAUCCCCUUUUCCCUCUCGUUACCUGCCCGUCACCUCCCUAGGGUGUUCCUCCCCACUUUUUCUUUCUUCCCUGGCCUUCUGUUCUCUCCUAUCAGACUCCCCCUACUCCAGCCCUGAAUCUCUUUCACCAAUCAACUUCCCAGCUCUUUACUUCAUCUCUUCCCCUCCCAGCUCCAUCUAUCACUUUGUGUUUCUCUCUUCCCUCC